AUGCUUGGAAUGGGAGGUAGCUCGUCUAAGCACGGCGCAUAUUACGCACAGCCUAUACCACCAGGUUACCUCCCGUUCGCUGGUGCCGUCUAUUAUCACCCACCUUACAUGGGCCCUAUAAAGGGGUGCGACCUUUUUGGUCGAAAGAGAAGGAAAAGGGAUAAAGCCCUCAGGGAGUUCUGGUAUACAACACCCACAAUAUGGCAAUAUCCUCCUCAGUUUUAUUCUCCAGGACAAUCGCAAGCAUUCAACGUGUAUCCUCAGCCUCAACCUCAGCCUUCGGUCCUCGUGCCUGAGCCUGUAGCACAGUCUAUGCCUAUGCCCUCUCCGGAACCACCUAUUCCAGUCCCAGGGAGCCCGCAGUAUCCCAUCUCGAUGCCGACGCCUAUGCGGAUACCUACCGCCGAGGCGCCUAUCCCUAUCUCAGAGAGCCCAGAUCGACCUAACGACUUUCCAUACCCACCAUUCAAUAUGCCUACAGGACCCGUGAUUCCCGAUUUCGCGGAGCGGGACACUCGCCGACGACGGCGUGCCAGAACACGUGGUUCGCACCGUUCUCGACACCCCCGAUUAUCAUCCUCAAAUUCGAGCUCGUCCUCCUCUUCGGACUCUUCGGACUCGGACUCUUCUUCUACACCUCCCCCGCGCUCGCACCCGCCUCAUUUCCCUCAGCCUUCGUCCCCACGAUCAUGGUUUACCCCAACGCCGCCGCCACCACCAUUGCCUCCUUCAUCCCCCGCUUCAUCGCCGUCCUCACCGUCUUCUUCGUCCUCGCCGUUAGCGAGUGCACAUCGAAGAGGGUAUAAUCAAUUUUAUCAAGAUCGCUCUCACAACCCUCAUAAUCCCCUUCCGCCGCCACCGAGAGAUGUCCUCGACUCCGCUCCGUACCGGCGCAUCCUCGCCGAGCUGUCGAGUAUGCGAGGUAGGAAUUGGUGA